ACCGGCACGUCCACCAGCCACACGCAGCACACAGCAGGGAGCCAGAGACCAGCCAUUAGUGGAGUUCGUGUCACAACUGCAGAUCUGCAAUGGCUGCGGCGAGGGGCCUCGUGAGCAAGCUCCUGCAGCUCCAGGGAAACACCCACCGGCUCUCCGGCACGGGCGUCGGGGCGCUGGCUGGCUUCUUCAGCGCCGCCGCCGCCGCGUCGGCGUCCGACGGGGGUAGCAACAACAACGCCUGCCCGGCCUACCCGUGGCCACAGGACGGGGCGCGGGGCGGGCCGAAGGUGUUCAUGCAGCACGACUGCGCGGCGUGCCACUCCAUGCUCCCGUACGCCGGCCUCGCGGAGGCCGCCGCGGCAGGAGGCGGCGAGGUGGAGGCCAGAGCGGCCGAGAUCGUGGUCGUCCACGAGGAGGCGCAGCCGGAGCCGGCGGCGGCCACAGCGCUCCACGGCGGCGCAUGCCCGCCGGACCUCUCCGUCAUCGCGAAAAUGCUGGAAGGGCUGCGCCUCAGCAACCUGUACACCGCCGACGAGCUGAAGAAGAGGAUGGCGCUGCCGACCCCAGUCUGGCUGCAGCUCCUUCAGCCGUACAUGAGGAAUUAAUCCCGAGGCAGCCUGAGUGCCAGAUUCUAGUGAAGUGAUCUGCUGCAGUGUGCCUGUAUCCUGUCUCCUGUCAUGUGUAAAAAUAACAUUGGAACCGUGUUGGAUCCUGUCUUAGUGCCGAAAGAAAUAAAACAUAUCGCGUCACUCUGUAUUGUAGUUGUACACUGUGUUGUUGACAGUACUCAAGUGUGACAAUAAAAUGAUGUGAGAAAUAUGGACUAAAUUUCUGAUGCUGAA